UAAGAAUAUUGCUUCAUACUUAGAGAGUUGAGAGGAAACAAUCUAAAGGAUAAAGACAGGCUUUAAGCUUUGCUUGUCAAAUUAGCUUUGGUGUUUUUUUUUUUUACCUUCUUUAAGCUUCUUUCAAGAAAACGACGAAAAACAACGCAACAUGAAACUUUUUUCCCUCUUCAUUCGUUCAUUCAUUCACUAAAAAGAAAAAAAAAGAACCUAUUAUCAUUAUUGUUUAGAUGGAUUCUGAUGAGUUUCUUAGAAGAAGAAGAAGAAACAUAAACAGGUCAAAUAAACCAAAGCUGUUCACUUUUCUCUUCAAACAAUCAGCUUUUUCUUUUGCCUUUCCUGGGUUUUUCACUUCAUGAAAGCUUUCACGUUCUACUGCAUUGUAUUGUUUCCUCUGUUCUAUGAUCAGUUGUAGGUUUUGUUUUGAAUUAUUCAAUGGAAUCACUUGUUAUUUCUUCACCCAAGAGUCAAAAUCCCGGUUCUGGUAUAGCCAACAGUAGCUCUGCUUCGACAUCCGGGACGCUGAGUUCUUCCCGGCCUCCGUCUCCGAAACAAUCCGGGAACGAAGGGCCGUCUUCUACAUCGCACGGUACUACUCUUAGUCAAGGCAUAAGGAUUAUUCGACAUCCGAACGGUUCUAUAGGCUAUCAAAAGCAUCCAUGCAAAACAGCCUAUGACAACUUGCAGGAUGAAGAAUUGCCUAAUAUGGCAAAAUUGUAUUACGAUCCGAGUAAGGGGAAAUCCGGAUCAGUGGGAAAGGACGAGGUCCUUAUUUCGACCCAGAUGAAGGUGUUGACAGUGGAAAGUAUAUCUAGUAGCUUCAAACAUCCCAUUGGUGAUCAUAUGAGUUUGAAUUCAAGUGGUUCAUUGGAAUCUGAAAAUGUUCUACCAGGUUCAUGUAAAGGAGGUGUUGUGCAGUUGAACAACCAUACCGGAUCUGAACAUGAACCGAACUUUUGUCCGAGUCCUUCACAUAGUGUGUGCACCGGCACAAAUUAUACUGAAGCCAAACCAAGUUUCACCAACACAGAAAUUAGUAAUUCGUGUGAUGUGGUCGAGAGUAGGAAGACAAGCAUGUAUCGAGGGAGUACUGGCAGCGAUGUUAGCGAUGAAAGCGGCUCUAGUUGUCUAAGCAGUGCCAUCUACAAGCCCCACAAAGCAAAUGAUAUAAGAUGGGAAGCAAUUCAAGCUGUGAGAUCCCGAAAGGGAGACUUGGACUUCAAGCACUUUAGGGUGUUGAGGAGACUCGGAUGUGGGGAUAUAGGUAGCGUUUAUCUAUCGGAAUUGACCUUGUAUACGCAUUUUGAGACCGAGAAGCUGUCUUGCUUGGUCAUGGAGUUCUGCCCUGGAGGAGAUUUGCACGCACUCAGGCAAAGACAACCUGGAAAGCACUUUUCAGAGCAAGGUGCCAGAUUUUAUGUGGCGGAAGUUCUCCUUGCUUUGGAGUAUCUUCACAUGCUUGGGAUCAUAUACAGAGAUCUUAAGCCGGAGAACGUUUUGGUGAGAGAAGAUGGACAUAUAAUGCUUUCAGAUUUUGACCUCUCUCUUAGAUGUGCUGUCUCUCCUACUCUGGUCAAGUCCUCGAACACGACCCUGGAAUCAAAACAUUCCUCGUACUGUGCUCAACCUGCAUGCAUUGAGCCAACUUGUGUGGUGCAGCCGGAUUGUAUCCAACCUGCAUGUUUUGGACCACGUUUUUUUUCAAGCAAGCCGAAGAAAGAAAAGAAGAACAAAGUAAAGAACGAAACGGGCCAUCAAGUGAGUCCUCUUCCUGAGCUCAUAGCGGAACCUACCAAUGCUCGAUCGAUGUCCUUCGUGGGCACUCAUGAAUACUUGGCACCAGAGAUCAUUAAAGGUGAAGGGCACGGAAGUGCUGUAGACUGGUGGACAUUUGGGAUCUUUCUAUAUGAACUUUUGUUCGGUAAAACACCAUUCAAGGGCAAUGGUAACCGGGCAACUCUCUUUAACGUGGUUGGCCAGCCAUUGAGAUUUCCAGAGUAUCCAAAUGUAAGCUUUGCUGCUAGGGACUUGAUUAGAGGUUUACUUGUAAAGGAACCGCAGCAUCGGCUUGCUUAUAGGCGUGGGGCUACCGAAGUUAAACAGCACCCAUUCUUUCAGAGUGUGAAUUGGGCACUCAUUCGAUGUGCAAAUCCACCCGAAGUGCCAAAGCAAGCCAUGAUGGAAACACCUAUGAAUAACAAGGGUCCGGGUUUAGAUGUGAAGCCUUCAGGUAAUUAUUUAGAGAUUGAUUUCUUUUGAUUCUUGUUCUUUCUUAGAAACAGUGUUUCGAUAUUGAAUUCUGCUGCAAUGGUCUGAUGUUUUGCUCGUGAAAACGAGCUAUAAAUCGUUAGUUCCAUGUCUGUUAGAACUCGAAGCAUGAUUAACAGCUCUGCGAAAUGCAAAUGAAUAGAAAUGAAGAUAGAAGUUGUUGCUACUAUCUUUUCCUUUUGAAA